UCUGUUCUGUGAAAGUAAGGCUGUUAUUCGUAGGUCUCGGUAUAUUAAUCAUACCCUCACCCCAAGGAGCCAGUUCUUAAAAAAAACGACAAACAACCUUCUGAAGAAAAAUCCAACAAAAAUUAUCAGCAUACUGACUGUGUAACUAUUCAGUCAACAGCAGCCUCUUGUUUCUGUGAUUGUUGCAUUCAACUACUAGCUCUUCCAUAUGUUUUCUUUCAGGUGUUACCUUAUUCAUCUAACUGCUCCUUAAAUUAGCUUCUGUAAAAAUUAGACUCAAGGGAAACCUACUAGAAACAUUAAGAACAUUUUGAUAUGAGUAGGUUAAGAAAUACCUAGUUGUGACAGGCAGUGAACAGCUGAUAGCCUGUGAGAAGACAAGCACUGAAAGGUGGUAAACUCUUCAACCACCUCAGCUACACCCAAACCUGUUUCAUGCCUAUGUUUGAAGGCACAACGUACCUCACUUACAGCCAGCUUUGCCUUAAGAGCCCUAAUCAAUGACAUUGACUUCACAAAAUUAAAUAAAAACUCGACAGUCUGGCGGCAGCGUUUGUGAGCUUGCUCAACUGUGAGCCCACCUUUUACUGCAUCGUCAGCGAGCACCAAGAUACACCUGGAACAUCAAUACCAUCAGCGCACUGGACAGCCACCGCCAGCCCGCUACCUCGGCCUUCCGGCUCCUGAGGAGCCUCCCGAGCGAGAGGCACAAAGGCGGUGAACGUACCUUCCCCUGGCUGCCCCAGAGGCCAGGCUGCUCCCGGCACGGUCCCGGCCCGGCGAGCGGCGCAGGGCCCGGCGGGCUCGGCAGGCCCAGGUAGCCCGGUAGCCCCUCCCCGCCGCCGGCCCCGCCCCGCGGGGGAUGGAGGGGCCGCGGCCGGGCUGGCGCUGGAAGAGGAAGCGGGGACGCGCUACCGGGCGGCGGCGGUGGGGUCACGAACUCUGACCUGUCACAGGGCACGGCACACACAACAAAACACCCCCGACCCCAACACAGCCCCGGCCCCCUCCCCUCCGCGGGACCCACAGCCCCUUGCAGCCCCCGCGGGGGGAGGGAGGGCCGCUGCUGGGCACCGGCCUGCCCGGGCCCGGUCGGGUCACCGCCACUGCACCUUUGGCGCCCAUUCCUGAGGUUCUCUAAUGGUCUUGUCUCACCAUGGCAACCAGUAUGGAGGUGCUGGCUCAGCAGGUAGUGGAGACUCAGCAGGUGGCUGAGCAUGGAAAAUGGCCUAGUGAGUGUCCUGGAAUUGACAUCUAUGGAAUAGUUUCAAAAAACUUCGAAAUGCACCGUGGUAACAUAGUGUGAUGGUUGUAUCUUGCCACUGGAGAGAUCGCUCCAUCUCAAGAGUGUAUGAAGCUCUGUGAUUUCUUCCUGGCCGGUGCCGACUGUUCAGACUUCGCUAUCUGAAUCUCCAGUGAUGACCAGCCCUUCCCAGCGUAUCCAGAUAAUUUCCACAGACUCCUCUGUAGCUUCACCACAACGCAUUCAGAUUGUGACAGAUCAGCAAACAGGUCAGAAAAUUCAAAUAGUGACAGCAGUGGAUUCAGCUGUGUCUCCAAAGCAACAGUUCAUUUUAGCUAGUCCAGAUGGAACUGGUGCAGGAAAGGUGAUCUUGGCAACACCUGAGACAUCUAAUGCCAAGCAGCUUAUCUUUACCACCACAGACAACAUUGUGCCAGGCAGAAUUCAGAUAGUGACAGACUCUGCUUCAGUGGAACGCCUGCUAGGAAAAACUGAUGUUCAGCGGCCCCAGGUAGUAGAAUAUUGUGUAGUCUGUGGUGAUAAAGCAUCAGGUCGUCAUUAUGGUGCUGUCAGUUGUGAGGGAUGCAAAGGUUUCUUUAAAAGGAGUGUAAGGAAGAAUUUGACCUACAGUUGUCGUAGCAACCAGGACUGUAUCAUCAAUAAACACCAUCGGAAUCGAUGCCAGUUUUGUAGGCUUAAGAAAUGUCUAGAGAUGGGCAUGAAAAUGGAAUCGGUUCAAAGUGAAAGAAAGCCUUUUGAUGUGCAACGUGAAAAACCAACCAACUGUGCAGCCUCUACUGAAAAAAUCUAUAUAAGAAAAGAUCUUCGAAGCCCUCUAAUAGCAACUCCAACAUUUGUGGCAGAUAAAGAUGGGACACGGUCAGCCGGUCUUCUUGAUCCGGGAAUGCUCGUGAAUAUUCAGCAGCCUUUGAUCAGGGACGAUGGUACAGUCCUCCUAACUGCUGAUUCCAAGGCUGAAACAAGCCAGGGUGCCUUAGGAACACUGGCAAAUGUUGUAACAUCUCUCGCUAAUCUCAGUGAGUCACUAAAUAAUGGAGAUACUUCUGAAAUUCAACAAGAAGAGCAAUCUGCAAGUGAGAUUACACGGGCAUUUGAUACUUUGGCUAAGGCACUUAAUACUACAGAUGGUACAACAGCUCAUAACUUGGCAGAUGGGAUGGAUCCUACAGGAGGAGGGAAUAUUCAUGUAAUCAGUAGAGAUCAGUCAACACCAAUUAUUGAAGUGGAAGGACCCCUACUUACAGAUACACAUGUCACAUUUAAGCUCACAAUGCCCAGUCCGAUGCCAGAGUACCUUAAUGUACACUACAUCUGUGAGUCAGCAUCACGACUCCUUUUCCUCUCUAUGCACUGGGCUAGGUCCAUACCUGCAUUUCAAGCUCUUGGGCAGGACUGUAAUACGAGCCUCGUGCGUGCCUGCUGGAACGAACUGUUUACCUUGGGGCUGGCACAGUGUGCACAGGUGAUGAAUCUGUCGACUAUCCUGGGAGCGAUUGUCAACCACCUCCAGAACAGCAUACAAGAAGAUAAACUUUCUGGCGACAGAAUAAAGCAAGUCAUGGAACACAUCUGGAAACUUCAGGAGUUCUGUAACAGCAUGGCCAAGCUUGAUAUUGAUGGAUAUGAAUAUGCAUACCUUAAAGCUAUAGUCCUUUUUAGCCCUGAUCACCCUGGUCUGACCAGUUCAACCCAAAUAGAAAAAUUCCAGGAGAAGGCACAGAUGGAAUUGCAGGACUAUGUACAAAAAACCUAUCCAGAAGAUACUUAUAGGCUAGCCCGGAUCCUAGUUCGCCUGCCAGCACUUAGGCUGAUGAGCUCUAGCAUCACCGAGGAACUGUUUUUCACAGGUCUCAUUGGAAAUGUUCCCAUUGACAGCAUAAUCCCCUACAUUCUCAAAAUGGAAACAGCAGAAUAUAAUGGUCAAAUAACUGGCAUGUCUGCAUAGAGGGAACCACGUCAUUUGAGGGACUGAAGUAAUUUUCACAAAAACCAUAUAAUUACGAAGUUAAAAGAGUAGUGUUUUGGUAUGUGCAGAUAUUUCCAACUUGUUAUCAGUUUCCUGACAGAUUUCUCCUUGUUGUUUUCUGAUGUUGACAAAAUUUAAAGCAGCUAUUAAAACACCUACUAUAGGACCUUUCCUGCCACAAGGAAUAUUUUUGAUGCCUUUCAUUUAAAAGGCCAUAGAUUACUGAACAUACUUUUCACAUGCUUUGUAUUUAGAAACUAUCAGUGGUAAAAAGAGUUUUAUAAUAUCAGAGUAGUAAUAAAAUUACUUUAAAAGUAAAAAGAACAGUAUGUAUAUAUUUAAAAAUAUCCUUGGAAUGAAUGUCUAGCAAAUGCCAGGGUAUAAUACUAGCACUUUGUAAUCACUUCUUGUCAGAGCAACAGCAUCAUCAACAUCCUGCUUAUGAGUAUGGAAAAUGAAAAAAAUGCAUAUGUCCUUAGUCAAAAUGCUAGUGAUUUUUGUAAAAAUGUAGAAUGAUAAAGAAGACAAUCAUUUAAUCUACAAAAAGUCACUUGCUGUUAUGUUAUGCAUGAAAUAUUAAUGUGGAUCCUUAAAUCAGAUAUCCACAUUAUAUGAAACUAUAUCUGUUAAAUUAGUGCAGUUGUAAUACAUGGUACAGUGCAGUCAUAGUGACUAUUAUGUGCUACAGGAAUUCCCCACGCUAGAGAAAAAGUGUUUGUCACAAUAAUGAUUAAAUAUGCAGGUUCCUUAAAGUGUUUAUUCAGACAAACACAAUCAUGCCAAAUGUUCUUCCAAUAAGCAGCCUUUCGACUUUGGGGAAAAGCAGUCAUUAACUGGAAGAGCAGUAAUUUUCAAAUAGAGCUGUGUGAUGCUCUUUGAGUGUGCUCUUUGUAUGCUCCUCUCUGUACUUUGAACACCCUCAUAAUGUAGCCACAGGGUACAAUUUAAGACCUGAAAUGUGCAGAACCUCUGGUCGUCAGCAUGAGUUUAUUACAAAGCUCUCUCACUUUAUUUCUCGCUCCCUCCCAGUUUUGCAGUGUUCUCAACUUUCCUGUCACUCAGUAUGAAACUAAAAUAUAGUUAGGAUUUACUCUCACUCAUGUACAAUUGCUGUUGAUGAUUGAUGCACCAUGGAAGUAUAAAAUGAACUAUUUUUGAAUUGUCUCGAGUGAUGAGCCAUCAACAUGUUUGCUAGUAGUAGUAGCCAUUAGUACAUUAGAUGCAUUAAUUAUUUUAAUUAUUUGUGUGUUAGAGGCAUUCGUACAUUAGUAGAUUUAUGUGACAAAACUUAUCAAAUGGUAAGUUCAGCAAUUUGGUUUUUCUUCUGUUACUGAUAUUUAUUUAGAAACAUCAACUAGGUUGGUGUUCGUGACUUUUCAGAGUCUGAAUUGUAGCCAGAAGACCUUAAGCAGCUUUAGAUGAGGCUUCUAAAGUAACAAAAAGAGCUUGCAUACUUCAUGCUUGUUAGGAGGCUGACAUUUGUAGCACUUACUGUGACACAAAAGACUAUUUAAUUUUAGCUUCUAGAUGCAUUAAAGUCUUCUACAGUUACUAUUUUUAGCAUAUUCAGUAUCUUUUUUUCUCAGAAGGGUAUUGCAGAGUCCAGUAUCCAUGCUGAGAUUGUAAUACUGCACUUGUAUCUCUCUCAGCUUUUGCUAUAGCAAAUGAAAUUGUCGUAUUUUUCUUGCUAUGGAAAGUCUGCUCUCUACAUGUGAAGUCAGCUGGACUUCAGGUUUAGUACCAACCACCUGACUGUAGUCUAACUGCUGCAGGAUUGUGUCAGCACUUCUGCUGCACAGCCCUUACGUUUAGGGUACACAACUUAAAAAUUAAUGGUGAUUAAUCAGAAACAGUAGCUACCUUGGAAGGAGUAGUGGCUGCUUUUGUUAAAAUUUAAAAUUUUACUGGGUUACGUCAUUGUUCUACAAGAAGAAUGCAUUUAACUAUUUGAUUAUUUUUAUUGCCAAAAGGAUUGCAGAACUUAAUUUGCUUUCAGAAUUUCAUAAGAAUAAUUUAGGCAGAUAAGAAAGCAUUUUAAUGGUAAAUGAAAUAGUCCUUAGCACAAAAACUAGCCAUUGGAAUAUUUGGUUUUAAAUCUCAAUACACACCAGCUAGCUUUUUCUUGACAAACAUAAUUUCAACUUCCAAUUUUUCAAGUAAAAGUGCCCCAUUUUCUGUGUGAAAAUUUGUCAUUUUUAUUACUUGUGAUCAUAACAAUUCAGGAAAGGGGCAUUAUAGUUUUUUGGGAACAUAGCAAUCACGUGAAAUGAAAUGUAAAAUGUGUGCCUUGCAUUACACACGUAAAUCGAAACAAUAAAUAUCAUGCAGCUCUGUUUACAAGUAAACCACACUCCCCACAAAUGCAAGGCCACAUAAUGAUAUCCUUGCUCAAGCCCUGCUAGUUACUUACUCUGCAAAUAGUUAUUAAAUAGCUUAUUAGGGAUAAAAUAUUAAUUUUUGUAAACUGAGUAAUAACCAUGCCAUCCAUAGUUGUGCAUGCAUUUAGCAGAUGAAAUGAACCAGUUCCACCCUUAAGAUUUGGAUAUUUUCACCUAAAAGCUAUAAAGUCCCUCUCUGUGUAGCGCCAUUAGCAUGAUUUGCUGACUUGCAGAGGUCAGAACCAAGCUACUUAGUUCUGAUGCCAUUAACAAGAAAUACUCUUUCCAACUAUACACUACUUUGAUUCCAAGACUAACAUUUUGGAUUGUAGAAAUUUGAACAUAUGUGGGUGCCUGGGCUGUUUCCUACCCGGGAAAAGGACUCUGUGCUUCCCCUCUUUGAACUUCACAUGGUUCCUGCUGGCCCGUUUCUCCCCUGUACCGAUCCCUUUCAGUGGCAGUAGGAGCCUGUGAUGCACAAGCUUUGCACCGUCUCUGCAGAAAAUACUGCAACACUGACAUAGUUCUUGGAAUUUCUGAGGUUUGUUCCAUCCCUCCUUGCAGUGACUGGAAGAUGGCACCAGGCUAAUCUUAGUAGCUUUACUGUUAAAUUAGUUUUGGAGGUUUUUUUAUCCUUUGAAAGUGCAAACUUUUCCUUAUGAAUAUGGGAGAGUUUUUUAAUGCUGUAACAAUUAUGGAAGAACUAUUUCUUGAGUAUUAAAUACAGAAAUAACUUGUUUUCAUAAAGGUGAAAUUUAAAUGCCAAAUUUGUUUUUUCACCAUAACUUGGAGUCAAAUUAUCACAGUCACAAAGUGAUUCCAGGAAGAAGCUCUACUUUGUGCCAAUAUUUAUUCUCUUCAGAACUUCUGUGGUUCUAUUUUUGCUGCUCUUGAAACGAAAAUAUUUUAACUUGACAGACAUACAGUAAUAAAUUAUCUGAUUUGAUUUAUCUAAACCUGAGCAAAUGUGUAUACUAGUCACAAUUCCAUCAGACAAAUGUUAGAAUUCUGUGCUGACUGAGACUGGGGCAUGAUAAUGAGGCAGCGUAGGGAAUAAUAAUGAGGCAGUAAUGUCCACUGUGCUUCAUUUAUUUUCCAACUCUUUUGCAAAGGAACUGGAUUUGAAUCUUGUAGAUAAAAAGCACUUGGGACUAGCUUUGUCCCAUAUGAUUUUAAUUGCAUUUGUGACAAAUGUAGGUAUACUCUUUUCUUCCUUUUAUUUACUUACAUGGGACUGUAGAGUCAGAACUAGUAUCAUGUGCAAAAGUAAUCUUUCUCAGCCUAUUUACAUUGCUUAUGAAUUGGCUGCAAUGCUUUGGUGUCUGUGAAGUUACUCUGGCAUGAAACUGGUAGAAGAAAAAAUUAUCUCAAGGGAGAGAUCCUUCUAAGAAGUCAUACAAGGCUUUCUUUUAGCUGCCUUAAAAUGUUAGAUCAUUAAGAAGGCUUAGUUUUCAGAGCACACUGUGGCAAGAAACUACGGUUGCUCUCCACUGCUUAGUUGGCGUCACUGGCCAAGUCUCCUUUCACCAUCUUCUGAAGCCCAUGGCCCCCCAGACAGCCACGACGCCUCUGGUGAGGAGCUCUGGUUCCAGAUCUGUGUGCAGAACCCAGCAGCUCUGCAUCACCAUUACAGUUCCCUUUGGCAAAGGGCACAUUCUGAGGCUGCCAUAGAGAAGCCAAGUCAGGGCUGAAGCUGACUGAAGUAGGUGAAAUCAGUUUCCUGACUCUUUUUUCUCCUUUGGCAGAGACCGUAAAAGACUUGCGUGUUUUUUUUUAUUGUUCUGUAUAGUACACAGGACUCAUUCCUGAAUUAAUUACUUCAUUCAGGAUACUGCAGGUGUCAGUAGAUUUUUCUGCCCAUUAAAGUUCAGACAGUAGUUAGGAUUCUUUCCUGAUUACCUGCUGUUUAAUUAGUAAAAGACAGUUUUAAAAAAAUAGAACCAAAUAGCAUGACUAGCAAAGGGUUUCAGGAAUAUAGAUUAACCAGGAAGACAGAACUGGAAAUGAAUGGGCUGAGGGUACUGCUCAAUCAGUGAUAAAGCAGCUUCCUGCACUAACAGCACCAGUCAGGGCCCUGUUUGAAUCAGGAGAAGUGAGCAGUAGAACUGGCAGGUCAGUCAGACACACAGGUGUACCAGCACAUACCUACUGGAUGAUACUAUCCUGGAAAGAACAAAAAUGUUCAUUUUCUAUUUGAGGUCCCUCUCUUCCUCCCCAGUUACUCUUAAUAGUGCAAAACCAGGGCAUGUUGGGGUUUUUUUUCACCUACUCUUGUCCAUAAAAGGAAAAGCAUAAAUGCCAGAAAACACAGGCAGAUUCCCACCUGUUCCCACGGUUUGCCACAUUGGCCACACAGCAACAGAAGAGCUUUUGCAGUAGUUGGCUUUGGUGAUAAGCAUGGGCCAGCUGACAACAGCACACAACAGUGUGCAGUCCGAACACCUCCAAACAUCCAGGAGGGAUCAGCCAAAUGAGGCAUGGUCACCCUAGAGAGGAAGGCGAGGGGUAGAGGAGGGACAAAUUGCCAGCAUUUACUGGAUCUUGAAUGACAGGAACUUAGUUUAGAAACAUCCUUACAUGAAAAAUUACCAAGAGGGGAUGGCAAAGGAGAGAAAAUGAAAGCAUUUGCUUUUUGCACCUUUUAAUUCUAAAGUUGCUGAGUCAUUUUAACAGUAAAUACUCCUGAAUUAAGUUCAGGCUUAUUGUUUGAUGCCAUUAGCCCUUCUUGUUAGAUAAUGCUACAACCCUACUUCAGCUGCAAUCAGUGUUAUCAACAUAUGGGAAAUUAUGUGUGAAAAAAAAAAAAAAUUAGAAGGUCUGGGGUGACAAGUUAAAUUAAAAUUCUUUGUAAAGUUUAGAUGUUUUUUAUUGUGAAGUCAAGCUAAGUUCAUCACAGGUAAUACUGUUGUAAUGUUCCAUUAAUGCCCACAAUCUGUUCAAUCCUGAGUUACGUGAAUGCUUUGAAAAUGGCUUAUUAUUGUUAAAUUCCUGCCUU